AUGACGGAGGUGGUUAUCGUCAUCAAUCGCAACUCGGUUCAACAUGCAGUGAUUCACCUCCCACCCCAGCCCACCCCUGUUCCCCACCCCAGCCCCCACCCCACUCAGCCCCACCUCACCUGUCCACCUGUUCCAGCCCCACCCCACCCCAGCUCCCCACCCCAGCCCCAGCCUCCCAGCCCCUGCCCUGUUCCCCUGUUCCCCACCCCCAGCCUGUUCCAGCCUCCCAGCCCACCACUCCCACCCCACUCCAGCCCCACCCCCUGUUCCCAGCCCCAGCCCACCUGUCUCCCACCCCUGUUCCUGUCUCCCACCUGUUCCUGUUCCACCCCACCCACCUCCACCCCUGUUCUGCCUCCACCAGCCCCUGUUCCCACCUCACCCCAGCUCACCUCCAGCUCCACCUCUGUUCCUGUUCACCCACCCCAGCCUCACCACCUGUCUCACCCACUCCCAGUUCCACCCACCACCCCCAGCCACCCCACCCCAGCUCCACCCUGUUCCACCACCCCUGUUCCCACCACCCCUGUUCCCACCCCAGCCCAGCUCCUGUUCACCCUGUUCCUGUUCCACCCCACCACCCCACCACCCCACCCCAGCCCCACCCCAGCCCUGUUCCCACCCCUGUUCCCACCAGCCCCACCCCACCUGUCCCACCCCACCCAGCCUGUUCACCCCCAGCCCCACCUGUUCCACCCAGCCCCUGUUCACCCCCUGUUCCCAUCCCAGCCCCCACCCCACCUGUUCCCCAGCCCCACCUGUUCCACCACCCUGUUCCCCCACUGUCUGUUCCCAGCCUCACUCCAGCUCCCAGCCCCACCCCUCACCCUGUUCCCACCCCAGCUCCCCUGCCCACCCCAGCCCACCCCACCCCAGUUCCACCCCAGCCCCAGCCUCCUGUUCCCACCCCCAGCCUCCACCAGCCCUCUCAGCCCCAGCCUCCCAGCCUCCCCAGCUCCCAGCCUCAGCCCAGCCUCACUCCCACCCCAGUUCCCAGCCCCACUCACCCAGCCCAGCCAGCUACUUAGCUUAGCUUUAGCCCCAGCCUCACCUUAG